ACGGUCAUAUAGUGGACUGCCGUGUAUUACACUGUGACUAGUCAAAGCACGUGGUUCCUACGUGGCAGAAUUUGAUUGGGAAAAGACAUAAAUAUGAACCAAUAAGAACUUGAGGCAGAAAACCGUUGACUUGAUUAGAGAAAGACUUUGGCAGAGAGAGAGUGCUCUAUUAUUUUUUGCUUCUUUAAGGAAAACAGGUUAGAGGCCAUUUUUUUUUUUCUGGGCUUAGUUCUUUUUCCAGUAAAAUUUUGCUCUUUUCCCGGAAAAUCAAGUAUGGGCAAAGGUUUUUGAACUGCUGACUUGUUAUGCCAGAAAUUUUUGGUGUUGAAUUGUAGUUCAAAUAUAAAUCAAAGGGACAUUUUUUAAAUCAUCAAUCUUCAUCAAGAACAUGGCAACAGAUAUGAUGAUUAGUGCUGCAGUGAUUCCAGUUUCUGAGUUACUUUCUCAUAUUGUCCUUAGUUUAUUUGACACUGCACAAUUAGCCAAAAAAGUUGUAUUUCAGAAAGAAAACUUUAUUACAUUCUCAACACACUUAGAGAAAACAGCAACCAUCUUGAAAGAAAUUUCGAAACAAAAUCUUGACCAUUCAGAGAGCUUAAAAAGUGCUUUGGUGAUUUUGAACCGAGAAUUGAAAGCUGCUAAGCAGCUAAUUGAAGAUUGCAGAGAAAGGCAUAAACUUUAUCUUUUACUCAAUUGCAGGAAGAUUGUAAAGUGUUUAGAUGACAGUACUAAGGAGAUUAGUCGAGCUCUAAGCCUAAUCUCGUUAGCCUCUUUGGAUGUGUCAUUGUCAAUAAAUGACAGGCUUAGUGAGUUGUGCAAGAGUAUGUUGGAGGCUGAAUACCAGGCAGCUGUGUUGGAGGAAGAAAUUUUGGGGAAGAUCGAGUUAGGAAUACAAGAAAGGAAUGGUAACCGCUCGUAUGCAAAUAAUUUGUUGUUUCAAAUUGCUGAGGCUCUUGGUUUAUCUACUGAGAAAUCUGCAUUGAAGAAGGAGUACGAAAAGUUCAAACGUGAGAUAGAAAAUGCCAAUGUGAGGAAAGAACAGGAGGAAUCUUUACAAAUGGAGCAAAUCAUAACAUUGCUUGAAAAUGCUGAUGCUACAACAUCAUCUGAGGAGAAAGAGAAGAAGUAUCUUGAGAGGAGAAACUCUUUAGGCAAUCAACAUUUGUUGCCACUCAAGGGAUUUUAUUGUAGCAUCACUCAUCAAGUUAUGGUAGAUCCGGUGGAAACCUCUUCUGGACAAACGUUCGAAAGAAGUGCAAUCGAAAAAUGGCUUGCAGAAGGGAACAAUUUCUGUCCCUUAACAAAGGUUCCCCUUGAUGCUGCAGCACUACGACCCAACAAAACUCUUAGGCAAUCCAUUGAAGAAUGGAGAGACAGAAACAAUAUCAUUACCAUUGUCAAUAUUAAACCCCAACUCCAAUCAACUCAAGAGGAAGAAGUUCUUGAGGCCUUAAGCAUGCUGCACAAGUUGUGCAUGGAUAAAGAGCUGCAUCGAGACUGGGCAACGCUGGAGGACUGCAUAUCAGUUCUUAUUGGACUUCUUAGUGCAAAAAAUCGAGAAAUAAGAAGGGAGGUUCUUGUAAUCCUAUCCAUCCUAGCAAAGGACAGUGAAGAUAAAAGGGAAAAAAUAACUAGAGUAGACGGUGCACUUCAAUUUAUCGUUCGCUCACUUGCUCGUCAAUCUGAGGAAAGUAAGGUAGCAUUGCAUCUGUUAUUGGAAUUAUCCACAAGUAAUGUUGCACUAGAUUUGAUAGGAAAUGCUCAAGGCUGCAUACUUCUCCUAGUGACUAUGUUAAGCAGUGAAGAUAACCAAGUUGCCACAGAAGCUCUUCAGCUUUUAGAGAUUUUGUCACUGCAAAAUAGCAAUGUUAAGCAAAUGGCGAAAGCAAAUUAUUUUAAGCCAUUAUUGCAACUUCUUUCUUCAGGACCUGAUGAUGUUAGAAUGAGAAUGGCUGAAACUUUAGCCGAAAUAGAAUUGACUGAUCACAGCAAACUAGUCAUUGUUAAAGAUGGAGGACUGCAACCACUUAUUGAAAUGCUUGCACAAGGUGAUUUGGAGGCAAAGAAAGUGGCUAUCAAAUCUCUCCUGCAACUCUCCAGUUUACCUCAAAACGGUCUGCAAAUGAUCAAAGAAGGUGCAGUUGGACCGCUGUUUGAAGUUCUUUAUAGCCACGGUUUGCAGUUACCAGCUUUGCGUGAACAGGCAGCCGCCACAAUUACGUUUCUUUCCAUAUCAACUGCCAGGCAAGAAUCUGAGGGUGAACAGGUCUCGCUGUUGGAGUCAGAGGAUGACAUUUUUAAAUUUUUCUCCCUCAUUUCUUUUACAGGGCCCGAAAUAAAGGGAAGCAUCCUCAAAACUUUUCACACUUUGUGUCAGAUUCCUUCUGGUUUAGACAUCAGAAUGAAGUUGAGACAGCUUUCUGCUGUCCAAGUCUUGGUUCCACUAUGUGAGGCCGAGCACCACUCAGUUCGAGCAAAUGCAGUGAAGUUGUUCUUUUGCUUGACGAAAGAUGCUGACGAUCACAGCACCUUCUUGGAGCAUGUCAAUCAAAGAUGCAUUGAAACCUUGCUCAGAAUCAUCGAAACUUCAAGUGAUGUGGAAGAGAUUGGUGCUGCAAUGGGUAUUAUAGCUUAUCUUCCGAGGAAUCUAGAGAUGAAUCAGUGGCUUUUAGAGGCUGAGGCCCUUAGAAUAAUUUACACUUGUCUCAACAAUGUGAAUAGAGAUGCCUCUUACAAAAGUCAGGUAAUAGGGAAUGUUGUUAGAGCUCUAUGCCGCUUCACAGUUUCAACGAACCAAGAAUGGCAGCAUAGAGUAGCCGAAGCUGGUCUCAUACAAGUGCUCGUACGACUUUUAGCUUCUGAAAAUUCUAUUACAAAACAAAAUGCAGCCAUAGCUCUUAAGCAGCUUUCAGAAAGUUCAAAAAACCUCAGCAAGCCAAUUAAGAAACGCGGGGCUUUUCUAUGCUGCUUUUCUUCACCCGAAAUUGGUUGUCCUGCUCACAUGGGCAGUUGUGGAAUCCAGUCUUCGUUCUGCAUUUUGGAGGCUAAUGCUGUUGAUCCACUUGUGAGAAUGCUUGGUGAACCAGAUCUUGAAACAAGUGAAGCUGCUCUUGAUGCACUUUUGACAUUAAUCGAUUCUCAAAAACCACAGAAUGGCAGCAAGUUUCUUCAUAAUGCUAAUGCCAUUACAGCAAUUAUAAAGUUGUUGAGCUUUGAUUCUGUUAGAUUGCAGUUGAAAUGUCUAAAGGGUUUGGAGAUGAUAUUUCAACUAGACGAGUUAAAGCGCACCUAUGGAGCCUCGGUGCAAAUGCCACUCGUCGACAUUGCUCAAAAGAAAGCUAGCGACACAAAGGAGAUCAAAUCUCUAGCUGCAAAACUACUCUCUCAAUUGGGAGUUUUGGGUGUUCAAUCUUCGUUUUUCUAAUUGAUAUUGCCCUACACUUUAAGUCAGGGUCAAUGUUUCCAUGAUUGUUAUAGAAGCAAACACUAGACAGCUUAUGAUUAUGAAACGCAUAUUCUUUGUUUGUACAGUGUGGAAAACCACAGAUUCUAUCUUCAGUUGUUGUAUGUGUAAAAAGCUUGAAUUUUUCUCAUAUUUGUAUAGAUAAUAUUGCAGAGGAAGAGUUUUCUUCCAGAAGAGAAAA